AUGAGUGGCGUGUCGGUCGUGCCGUACUCGCUGGCCCCGUCCGCGUCCACAGGCCGCUCCACGCCGCUGAAGAAGAGACGCAACAAGCGCUCGCGUGCUGCAGGUGCAAGUACAUCAUCGAUGGCGUCGAGCGCUGGGUGGGCGAAGUUGGACAUUGGGGAGAUGCAGGUCGACGGGUUUCGGGAUGGCUGCGCCUUUGAGUUGGAAGAGCUUACGGAGUACCAUGUCGAGGCAACAGCAGACGGUGGAAAGAUGCUGGUAGGAGACCGGAAACGACGGCAGGAGCCGCGCGACGAGACGCCGAAGCGACACAAGAAGCCCAAGACUCGACCGCACGUGUCGCAAGCCGAGAUGAAAGGCGACGUCGCUGAAGUAGAUAGUGUCAAGCAGACAGUAGCGGUGAAGCAGAAGCUGUGCAACACACAGCAAGAGGCAACGCUCGUCAAGAAUGGAGAUGAAGUUUUGAGGGAGCGCAAGAAGAAGACAAAGAAGAGUCGUGGGGGAAGAGCAAGAGUACAGGAGAAGGAGGUAGAGACGGUUGCGCUGGAGGAUGUCCGGCUGCCCAAGUGGAACAAGUACAAGCUACAUCCGCUGCUGAUGCAAUCGCUGCAGGUCUGUGGGUUUUUAGCUCCUACGCGUAUUCAAGAGCGUACGCUAGGACCAGCCCUGGUUGAUAACCGUGAUGUGGUAGGCGCUGCCCCUACGGGAUCUGGCAAGACGCUGGCCUUUGGACUUCCAAUUUUGAAUCAGCUGCUGUAUGAGCGUGAACAAGCCGGAUACACGAAAGACUGCAAGGCACUGAUUCUGACACCAACGCGUGAACUUGCGAUUCAGAUCCAUCAGCACCUGGAGAAAAUGGUGCGUCAUCGCGAAAUUGGAGUGGUGACUUUGGUGGGUGGCAUGGCCGUGCAAAAGCAAAAGAGAAUGCUGAGUUACCGACCGGAAAUCGUGAUUGGCACGCCUGGUCGUCUAUGGGAUAUCAUUGAGGCUGACCAUGAACACAUGAAGGAUUUGUCAAAGACGCUGCGCUUCUUGGUAGUCGAUGAGGCAGAUCGUAUGCUUCAACCUGGAUCGUAUCCAGAGCUACAGAAGAUCUUCGAAGUGAUUAGACGAAAGAACAGCGCUGUGGAUUUGGGCCUUACAAACCUUUCGGACAAUGAGGAGGAUGACGAAGCAGCUAUGGAGGGUGACGAAAACGAUGACGGCGACGAUGGAGAAGGAGAUGAUGAAGAUAUCGAUAUGUCCAAGUUCACGAGUGGCACGAAGGUCCUGAUGCUUGAUGACGUUCUUAAGCUACAACGUAAAAAGGAGCAAGACGCAGAAAAACUGAGAAAGAAGAACACUAUGGACGAAAGCUCAAAGACUAUUACGGCACUAGCUUCAGCCGAUGUGGCUUCUCUUCCGCGGCACGUUCGUCAGACGUUCCUAUUCUCUGCGACGUUGAUGAUCUCAGAAGGAUGUCGCUUCCAAAAGAGCAAGGUGAAGACACAUCGUAACGCAUUGAGUGUUUUAGAGCGAGUCAUACAGCGAGUUGGCCUUCGUGGAAAGCCUGCUGUGGUCGACCUUAGUGUCGCGGAGCCUGUGAUGGACAUACCUGGCGCAAAGCCGGUCGUUUCUGCAGCACAUGAACGGAAGCUCGAGAAAAAGCAAGGGAAUGUGACGUCAUCGUUGCCUGCAGGUCUAGAACUUUGCCAGCACGAAGUGACAGAGUCUACCCGCGAUAGCUUUCUGUACUACUUCCUCACGCAGUAUCCGGGUCGGACCAUCAUCUUUUUGAACGCCAUCCACCAGGUACGCAAGCUUGCCAGUUUACUGAGCCUAUUGGGUCUUCCGGUGUUUGCCUUGCACGCUGAGAUGCAACAACGCCAGCGGUUAAAAAAACUGGACGGCUUUCGUGCCCAUGCCAAAGGCAUUUUAGUGGCAACUGACGUUGCAGCACGUGGUCUGGACAUCCCGAGCGUGGACUAUGUCGUACACUACCAUAUUGCUCGGUCCACGGAAAUCUUUGUGCACCGCAGCGGUCGAACUGCCCGUGCCGACAAGGAAGGUCUGAGUAUCGCUCUCGUGUCGCCUGCCGAUGCGAAGUACCAUGUCCAGAUCUGCAAGAUGUUGCAGCGACCUACGGGGUUAUCAGAUUUCCCUUUCGACCACCGGUUCUUGGGAGCGAUCGACGAGCGCAUGCGCCUUGCCAAGAGUAUCAACGACCAGGAGAAUGCUGCCGGGAAGCUCAAGUCGGAGGUGACUUGGUUCGAGCAAAUGGCGUCCGCUGCCGACUUGGAUAUGGACGAUAAUUUGCUGUUUGAGCUAGGUGCCAAGCAGCGGAAUCAAGAGGGUAAGAAGAAGACGACACUGAAUCAGCCGGUACAGUCGCUCCGUGCUCAGCUCAACCGUUUGCUCGCUGUGCCGCUGCGUCCAGUCGGAUCUGCUCGAAAAUUUCGUCAGUUGCAUCAGGAGAUUGGGUAUCAAAUAGGCGGCGAUGGCGAAUACUGCACUCGUGAUGCAAACGCAGAUCUUGCAUCAAAGAGUAAGAAGUCGUACAAGCGUUUUCGCCGAAGGAAGUAA